AUGUCCAAAUUCACAAAUGAAUUAACACGACGAGAGGAAAAAGGACUCGUUGAUUUGGAAAAAUUUCCGCACACACGGAACGACUUUCCUAUGAUUUUAACUGUUGCUCGGAUUCUCUAUCGUGUUCAACUGAGAUGUUUUUCCCAGGAUGGAAUAACAGAUUUGGACAUUACAAAGAUCCUAAACAACGAGCUUAACCGAUUGCAAAUGUGCCCAAAUCUUUUCGUACCCAUCGAAUCUUAUCAUCGUGUAAAUAAUCCCGGCACUUUUAAUUUCGUUGAUCAAUUGACUAAUUCUCAAACACCGCUCGACACAAUACGUAAUUUACUCACGGGUGACAUUGGACCGCGCAAACACAAAGGAGAGAAGACGAAUAUUCGUCGUAUUUACAAGAAUCUUCUCGUUUUAACGGAAGAUUUAAAAAAAGCGAUAGUCCAAAAUAGUCAAAGCAAUUUAAAGGAAUCAACUAAACACGAUUUCCAUCACAUAAAUUUUUCUCCGACCAAAUCUCUUAUAUCUGAAGAAGGUGAUGAAGCAACAAUUAUUGAGCCACCACUUCCUAUUCUUUGGCUUCCGACUUUAACGAAUAAAGAGAAAAUAACUCAGCGUAAAGCAUCCGCUUUCUCUUUGCGUAAGCGAAAAGGAUUCAAUACUUCGACAAAAUAUCGACAUAGAUUAUUGAGAAUGCCACACGUACAAGCCAUUAGUAAAAAAACUUGCGCAACUGGUAGCAUCACAAAUUCUAUUUUGGGUAUUAGACAAAAAAAUUUGGCAACUGUUGCAAAAAUUUGCAUGCCAUCCGAGUCAAUUAUUAUAGAUAUAGAAGACUAUCAAUAUACUUCAUCUUCACGCUCACGUCCAACACGUGCAGGUCACGGCGAUUACGAAAAGCAAGGCAAAAAUCUAAUGUCUCUUCAAAAUUUGGAUAAUCCACUUCCGUCUGACUCUUCUUCUAAAUUAAAGUCAGCUUUCUCACAAAUAGAAGAUAAAAAUCAUGCUAAUAACAGCAACAAUAGUUCUGACAAUUCAGAUUUAAUCCGAAGUCUUCCAUCGAUAAACUACGUUUUAAAUUCUAUACCUAGAUCUGAAUAUGUGAAUGAAAAUUGUUCUUGCCAAAAAAGACUGACAUUUGAUUUUCGCCAGUUAUGCCUUUGCAUUACAUCGUUGAAGCAUAAUGUGCAUUAG